CACUAACACUGGAUUGCCUUUUGUUUUUCCUCUGCCCCUUCCAUUAACCCAUUUGUCUGUCUCCUCUGCUCCCUCUUCUCAGUACCUUCAAAUGGGGGUGGAUUCCUUCUUCGAAUUCCUUGUUAUUAUUUGACCUCCCCUUCCCUUCUCUCUUUUAACCCUCCCCCUAUUUUCAUUCAGCAUGCCUUUCUCCUUCUUCUAAUCUUUGAAAGAGAUUUUCACGGCAUUAGUUUGACUCAAAUUCCCCUUCUUUCUCUCUCUUUUUUUAGCUUUGUGGGAAUACCCUUUCUUUGUUUGGUUAUGUGGGUGCUCAUGGUGAGGUAAAAAAGGUUGUCUUUUAAGAAAAAAAUAUUAGAGCUUGGGAUGUUCAUGGAAAUUGAUCUGAACCAUGCAGUGAAUGAGGUGGAGAAGACGACUGCAGUUUGCAAUGUUGACUGUGACAAAGUGAACUGUUUGUCCUCUUCAUCAUCUUCUUCAUGUUCAAAUUUGGCUUCAUCCCCAUGUUCCUCUUCCUCCAUUUACUUGGAGCUUUGGCAUGCUUGUGCUGGCCCCCUCACUUCACUCACCAAAAAGGGCAGCCUUGUUGUUUACUUCCCGCAGGGUCACUUGGAACAACUGGCUUCUCCUUUGGAAAUCUCCACCUUUGAUCUUCCCCCUCAUAUCUUUUGCAAAGUGGUCAAUGUCCAGCUUCUUGCCAAUAAGGAGAAUGAUGAAGUCUAUACACAAGUCACUUUACUUCCUCUGCCAGAGUUGGGAGGACCUAAUUUGGAGACCAAGCUGCUGGAUGAGCUAGGUGCAGAUGAGGGAGAUGGCGGAUCUCCUAAUAGAUCAACCCCACACAUGUUCUGCAAGAAGCUAACCGCAUCCGAUACCAGCACUCAUGGAGGGUUCUCUGUUCCUCGUAGAGCCGCGGAAGACUGCUUUCCGCCACUGGAUUAUAAACAGAUGAGGCCGUCUCAAGAACUUGUUGCCAAGGAUCUGCAUGGAGUUGAGUGGAGGUUUCGACAUAUAUAUAGGGGUCAACCGAGGCGACACCUCCUUACUACGGGCUGGAGCAUUUUCGUGAGUCAAAAGAAUCUUGUUGCUGGGGAUGCAGUGCUCUUUCUGAGGGGCAAAGAUGGAGAGCUUAGGUUGGGAAUUAGGAGAGCCGUACGACCAAGAAAUUGCCUUCCCGAAUCGGUUAUCACGAAACAAAAUUCAUAUCCAAAUGUUCUUUCACCGGUGGCUAAUGCAUUAUCCACUAAAAGUAUGUUCCAUGUCUUCUACAGUCCAAGGGCCACUCAUGCUGAGUUUGUCGUACCCUUUAAGAAGUAUAUCAAGAGCAUAACGAAUUCAGUGUGCAUCGGAACAAGAUUCAAGAUGAGUUUUGAAAUGGAUGAUUCGCCCGAGAGAAGGUUUAGUGGUGUGGUGAUGGGAAUUGGGGACUUGGAUCCUUACAAAUGGCCCAAUUCCAAGUGGAGAUGCUUAAUGGUUAGGUGGGAUGAAGAUAAUGUGAUUGAUCGCCACGAUAGAGUCUCACCUUGGGAAGUCGAUCCUUCUGUUUCUCUCCCACCUUUGAGUAUUCAAUCUUCACCGAGGUUGAAGAAACUGCGAACAGAUCCGCAGGAUGCUGCACCUGACACCCCCAUAACAGAGGGGAGUCGAUUUUUGGACUUUGAGGAAUCCUUGAGAUCCUCUAAGGUCUUGCAAGGUCAAGAAAAUUUAGGUUUUGUGUCACCCUUACACAGACGUGAUACUGUAAACCGUCCCCUAGAUUUUGAGAUGCAGUCUCCUGCUCAUCAUCAAAGUCUGGCAUCAGCAGGGAUUGGAAAGUGUAAUACUAGUGAGUUUAUGAGGGUUCGUCCCACUGCUUAUGCAGGCUUUGCGGAAUCUAAUAGAUUUCCGAAGGUCUUGCAAGGUCAAGAAAUUUGCCCAUUGAGAUCCCUAACACAAAAGGCUGAUUUCAACCUUGGUGUUUGGGCGAAAACCAACCUUGGUUGUUCUUUCAGCAUGCAUCAGGCACUGAAAACCAAUUGUUAUCCACUAGCAUCGGAAGGUAUUCGAAGUAUGUAUUUUCCUUGUAGUGAAUUUUACAAAACCGGUCAGGAGUCUAUGAUGAGCUCUUAUCCAUCCCCUCCUCUGCGAGGCAAUAUUCCGUUCAAUGCUUCCUCAAUCAAGACAGGGGUAGGGGUUAUUGUGGACGGGGUCAGAAAACAAAAUCCAUUGGAUGAGCCUAAGCCGGUGGAGAAUAUUCUGAGUCCUGCUCCUGAAAACAAUUCAAGGAACCAACAGGAUGUAUCCUUUAAAAGAAAUGUUGCCGGAUGUAAACUCUUUGGGUUCACUUUAAAUGCAGAGUCGCCUACUCUGAGCUCACAAAAUUCUGGUAAGAGGAGUUGUACGAAGGUUCACAAGCAAGGCAGCUUGGUUGGAAGAGCCAUUGAUCUCUCGAAACUGUACGGAUAUGAUGACUUGAUGACUGAACUAGAACGUCUAUUCGGUAUGGAAGGUCUUUUAAGUGAUCCGGAUAAAGGGUGGCGGGUUUUGUACACCGAUAGUGAGAACGAUGUAACGGUUGUUGGAGAUGACCCUUGGCAUGAAUUCUGUGAUGAUGUGUCGAAGAUCCAUAUAUUCACCCAAGAAGUGGAGAAGAUGACAAUAGGAAUGGGAGGCGACGACACACAAAGCUGUUUGGAACAAGCACCGGUGAUAAUGGAAGCAUCAAAGUCUUCCUCGGUGGGGCAGCCGGGUUCAUCAUCUCCAACGGUAAUAAGGGUAUGAAGUUUGUUGUUUGUUUUUUCUAACGUCGGCGGCGGCUGCCAUGUCCUGGUCAUUGUGUUUGCUAUGUGUGCUACAAUAAAUUAAAUGCGCUGAAGAUUUCUAUG